AUGAACGUUUGUACUAUGGCACUGCUUCGCCCUCAACUCCUGUCUAGUAAUUUGAAUAAUCUAUUCCCUCUCUCCCACACCCUCUUCCUCUCAAGAUGCUUCGCGUCCAGGCGUGCCGCCUCCCUCGGAGACGACCAAGAUGAAGACCUAGCAGCCGCUCGAACCUGGCUGGCAAAUCUGAGUCCCCGGACUAUUCCGCGGCAUCUCUGCGAAGUCUCCUUCAGUCGCUCUGGAGGGCCGGGAGGGCAGCAUGUGAACAAAGUCAACUCAAAAGUAACGCUGAAAGUCUCCCUCGAUAAUCUCCUCCCUCUCAUACCCCAGGUUAUACAUCCACAGCUACAAUCGUCUCGCUACGUUGCUCAACGCACGAAUACACUGGUUAUCCAGUCAGAGGAAUCACGAAAGCAAGCUGCCAACGUGGAGACAUGUUUCGAUAAAUUACAUCAGCUACUUCGGGCUACUGCUAAUGAGGCUAUUCCUGGCGAGACAUCGCAAGGCCAGAGGGAGAAAGUACAGAAGUUGUAUGUCUUGUAUCCAUUAUGUAUCAUUGACGGAUUUGUACAUGUCUAA